UUUCCAUAUAUAUUCCAAAGAUUUCAACUUUGCCUUUUGUGUCAACUCUCUUUCCUUCAAUUCUCAAAACCCUUGUUUUCUGGUACUGUCACUCCUCUUUUUCUGUUUUUUUGCCCCCCCUGCAUAUAUUGAUUCUUGAUUUAUAUUUAGGUUGAAGAUUUAUGUAACGAAUUGAAGAAACAUCAAUGGGUUCAGUUUGUUGCUGUUUCAAUGUUCCGGAUGCUGGAGAGAAUGCUGCCUCAAAUGGUCAAAAUCAUAGCUUCUGCCAGUGUUUUAGUUGCUGCUUUCAGAACUUAAUUAAUAAGUGUGGAACAAUAUUUGGCCAAGCACAAGAAACUGCUGGGACUUCAGCUAGUCAAGGCCCGUCAUCUUCGACUAAUGUAGUUGGCGUCAACAGUUCAUUUAAUACAAUCCGGUCUCAGCAGGACAGAGGUUUACCAAUUAGUACUGCUUCAAGACAGCCACAAAUGCAACAACAAGAUGCCACACUUAGACGACAUGACAAAGGAACAAGUCAUUCACGAGUUGAGCCCGAACCAGAUAUAGAUGCUGAUGUUGAAAUAACACAAAAGCUUCUAGGAAAAGGCAAGUUGCUUAAAUCGGACUGUGAAGGAGGAUCUAAAGAAUGUCGUCCCGAGUCCCCUCCGAAGGACUAUUCAUCAAAGAUAGUGACUGGAGUUCAAUAUGAAGUUUCCUCAUCAGAAGAUGAGGAUGUAUGUCCCACAUGCCUCGAAGAGUAUACACCAGAGAAUCCCAAGAUAUCUACAAAAUGUUGUCAUCAUUAUCACCUCAGUUGUAUUUAUGAGUGGCAGAUGAGAAGUGAAAAAUGUCCUGUUUGUGGAAAGUUGAUGGAAUUCGAGGAGACAAAUUGAUGGUCAGAGCUGUGAAGAGAAGGAGCUAAACGAAAUGAAAAACAGACGUAUAUGUGAAGAUUUCAUGCAACUUAGUAAGAUGUACAUAAUUUUUGCCCACACUGGUCACCGACAUUUUCGACUUACUCUGGAGUUGUUCCUUUCUUUGGGUUUUUAGUUUCUGAUCGUUUGGAACAUGCUCUAUUAUACAAAGGAUCGAACAGUAACACGAUAUACCAACAAGAGAAUAUUUGAUUCUCUCCUUGAACUUUUACUUAAAGCUGUUGAGACCAACUACUUGUGCUAAUGAAAAUUUAGAUGAUUGACGUUA